AUGACAACCUCCGCUGGAACGACAACCGAUGCUGGAACGACCACCGAUGCUGGAACGACCACCGAUGAUGGAACGACCACCGCCGCUGGAACCACAACCGAUGCUGGAACCACAACCGAUGCUGGAACCACAACCGAUGCUGGAACCACAACCGAUGCUGGAACCACAACCUCCGCUGGAACGACAACCGAUGCUGGAACGACAACCUCCGCUGGAACCACAACCGAUGCUGGAACCACAACCUCCGCUGGAACGACAACCAAUGCUGGAACCACAACCUCCGCUGGAACCACAACUUCCGCUGGAACCACAACCGAUGCUGGAACCACAACCUCCGCUGGAACGACAAAUGAUGCUGGAACCACAACCUCCGCUGGAACGACAACCGAUGCUGGAACGACCACCGCCGCUGGAACGACAACCUCCGCUGGAACGACAACUGAUGCUGGAACCACAACCUCCGCUGGAACGACCACCGUCGCUGGAACGACAGCCUCCGCUGGAACAACAACCGAUGCUGGAACCACAACCGAUGCUGGAACCACAACCGAUGUUGGAACCACAACCUCCGCUGGAACGACAACCGAUGCUGGAACGACAACCGAUGAUGGAACCACAACCGAUGCUGGAACGACAACCGAUGCUGGAACGACGACCUCCGCUGGAACCACAACCUCCGGUGGAACGACAACCGAUGCUGGAUCCACAACCUCCACUGGAACGACCACCGCCGCUGGAACGACAACCUCCGCUGGAACGACAACUGAUGCUGGAACCACAACCGCUGCUGGAACCACAACCUCUGCUGGAACCACAACCGCUGCUGGAACCACAACCUCUGCUGGAACCACAACUUCCGCUGGAACUACAACCGCUGCUGGAACCACAACCGCGGGAGGAACUACAACCGCUGCUGGAACCACAACCGAAGCUGGAACCACAACCGCUGCUGGAACGACAACCGAUGCUGGAACCACAACCGAUGCUGGAACGACAACCGAUGCUGGAACCACAACCUCCGCUGGAACCACAACCUCCGCUGGAACGACCACCGCCGCUGGAACGACAACCGCCGCUGGAACGACAACCGCCGCUGGAACGACAACCGAUGCUGGAACCACAACCUCCGCUGGAACGACAACCGAUGCUGGAACGACAACCGCCGCUGGAACGACCACCGCCGCUGGAACGACAACCUCCGCUGGAACGACAACCGCCGCUGGAACGACAACCUCCGCUGGAACGACCACCGAUGCUGGAACGACAACCUCCGCUGGAACGACCACCGAUGCUGGAACGACAACCGCCGCUGGAACGACAACCGAUGCUGGAACGACAACCGCCGCUGGAACGACAACCUCCGCUGGAACGACAACCGAUGCUGGAACGACAACCGAUGCUGAAACGACAACCGAUGCUGGAACCACAACCUCCGCUGGAACGACAACCGCCGCUGGAACGACAACCGCCGCUGGAACGACAACUGAUGCUGGAACGACAACCUCCGCUGGAACGACAACCGAUGCUGGAACGACUACCGCCGCUGGAACGACAACCAAUGCUGGAACGACAACUGAUGCUGGAACCACAACCGAUGCUGGAACGACAACCUCCGCUGGAACGACAACCGAUGCUGGAACGACAACCUCCGCUGGAACGACCACCGAUGCUGGAACGACCACCGCCAUGGGCAAAAAGCCUAUUGUCACUAAACCUGCGAUACUUAGUACGUUGGGUAUUAUUGUACCAAAUAGAGGUUGA